UCGUUCCCUCACCUUGUCACUUUCACAUGUCUUUGUCACUUGCUCUCCUCUCGGUUUGUCCCAUACGGAUUCAAGGUAAAGUUCCCGCCUCCCUACUGGGUAAACUUGACAUAGACCAUACACAAAGUAGUGGUGUGUAGCCUUUAACAGGUGGGUCAUCAUCUACUAGCUGAUAUCCCACUCGCUCGUGGAGGUCGGAAAACGUAUACCAGUCCCCCGAUCUAUACAAUUUCAGAUCUAUAUAUCUGAUACUAUUCACCCGAUAUUCCUGCGCGCCAAGUCUCCCGCAUCACUAUAAUUUAAACUGCAUGUAUGGGUACAUACUCGUACUCGUACUCACCUAUAUAUCUAUUCUAAAAAAAACCUUCUUCGUUCAGGAGGCUUGAUGCGGUCUUGCAAAUUCGUCGACUGAUUUGUGGUAAGAAAUGCCAUGAGGCGACAGUACAUGCUUUGGAAAAGAACGUGCAGCUGGAGACAGCAAGUGAGAAGGACCACAGCUCUCUUUCUCAUACCAUCAACACCAAUACAGUUCCUCCAAAGAAAUCCAAUUCGAAAAAACAAAUGCGAUUAAAGAAAUAAGCAUCGACACAUACUCGCUGCUCCAAAACACCAACUCAAUUGAAAUCCCCCAAUUUGAUUUGCGCCUGCGCAAGGGCUUAUGCUCACACCACACCUCGUAUCCCCACUCCAUGCCAUGCCAUGCCAAGCCCAACACCCCCAUCCCACCCCUCCUCAAAAUCCUCCCAAAUCCUUCCUCCCGAUCCUUCCACCACCUCAAACCCAACCCAAUCCCAAUCCAAGCACGCGUGGGGGUCCCCCCCCUCAUCCCGCAAUCCGUAUAACCCCAACCCCAACACCGAACCACGAACCCCAUAUACCACAAUUUAACGCCUCCCCUUUUCAUAUCCCGCUCCUCUGAUCGGUGUACCCCCCCCCUCCCCCCUAACCUCUACCCGGACC